AUGGCGGUCAUCGGCGCCGUCUUCACCGACAAGUUAAUCAUCAAAUCAUUGAAGGAUCUCAUUAGGCCCACGUUAUGGAUGAAUAGCCUGGCUCUUUCACGCCUGUUAUAUGCCUCCAACUCAUUUGUCGUUCAGCGAUUGCCAGAUUUUGCGCUUCUGAUGACGUGAGUCAUAUUUAUGAGCGGAAACCUGUACUUUUGGUGAGACACCAUGCUAGUUUACUAAAUGGACAGAAUCAUACCUAGUUAUUGCACGUACUACACA